AUGACAUGUACUACCAGUCCUUUACUAUAAGCUAUAUAAGGAAGAGAAUAGAUGGGUAGUUAAAGUUAUGCACACUGUAAAACCAGUUAUUUAUGCAUGUUAUUCGAAUAAGUCAUCUAGUCUAAUUAUCUUAUAUAUGCUAAACUUGGCCCCUUGCACUGCCAUUUGCAUGUGCAUCUGCAUGUGCUACCAUCUGACUUUUCUAUAAUGAAGACAAAUCUGACGGACUCAUUUAUUCCAAAUGCAGAAGGUCCAUAUGUACCCAGGGAAAUCUGGUUUUAAUAUGUUGUCUAGUUAAAUUUGAUUGGAGAUGACAUUUAAUCAAUCUGUAUCUGAUUCACUAUUAGAUAAGUGACGGUACAGAAAUUACAAGUGUGGGAAGUAAACUUCAUUCACUAUUCCUUGCAAGGAUCAUUGGUGUAGAAAAUUCCCUUUGACUGUUUGCCGUGAUUGCUGGAGUCUUUGCAGUUCUAGUGACUGAAUGUUCCAUAAGAUCUCAGAGGAAUGUAUCCAGAAAAUUGUCCCCUUCCCCUCCCCCAAUUAAUGAAUGAAAUUGCAUGAUUUAAACGGACUGUUAAGUUAGUUUCUCUCCUGAUAUUUGUUUGCUCAAAUUGCACCUUCUCUUGAAACUAAUAAAAAUUUUCUGGUAUAAUGACGUAUAAUGGUCUUGAGAGCUGCAUUAUCAACAAUCAGUCUUAUGAGAAUGAAAGCAGAACAAGCAGAGGAGAUGGAUGUGCAUCUGAUUCCUUGGAUGAUGAUUUCUCCAGCUGUUCUUCUAGCAAAGAUGCUUUUGGAUCAUUUUCUUCCAAGUGGAUGAAGAGAGAUGAACAGGGUUCAGAUGAAUGGGAGCUCUCUGAAAGCCCCAAGCAUUUUUAUGUCAAAGAGAAGCCUGCUUAUUCCUUUGAAUCUUCAGACGUUGAGACAAUGAAAGAAAAUUUUGCUAAGCUUCUACUGGGGGAAGAUAUUACCGGUGGACGGAAGGGUGUCUCCACAGCUUUAGCUUUGUCAAAUGCCAUCACAAAUCUUGCAGCAUCAAUUUUUGGGGAGUUGUGGAAAUUGGAGCCACUAGCUGAAGAAAGGAAAAAUAAAUGGCGAAGAGAAAUGGACUGGUUACUCUCUCCUACCAACUAUAUGGUGGAGUUAGUGCCUGCUAAGCAAAAUGGUGCAAAUGGCAGGACUAUGGAGAUAAUGACACCAAAAGCCCGUGCGGACAUUCACAUGAAUCUCCCAGCACUUCAGAAGUUGGACUCUAUGCUUAUUGAAACUCUGGAGUCAAUGGUGAAUGCUCAGUUUUAUUAUGCAGAAGUUGGAAGCCGGGCAGAAGGAAGAAACAAGAGUGCUAGGGAGAGCAAGAGGUGGUGGCUUCCAUUGCCACAAGUACCAAAAACUGGGCUCUCAGAUACCGAAAGGCAGAAGUUGCAAUGUAAAGGCAAGGUGGUAUAUCAAGUAUUCAAGGCUGCAGCAUCGAUUAAUGAAAAUGUUUUGCUUGAAAUACCUCUUCCAUCCAUUAUUAGGGAUGCUCUUCCCAAGUCUGGGAAGGCAAGCCUUGGUGACGACCUGUACAAGGUUUUGACUCUGGAGUCCAGCUCGGUUGAUGAAAUGUUCAUUUCGCUAAAUUUAAAGUCUGAAAACAAUGCUCUCGAGGUCAUUAAUAGGUUGGAAGCUGCUGUAUUUGCAUGGAAAGGGCGACUUACAGAACAAGCUAGUGGUAAAUCGCCAGUGCGAAAAUCAUGGUCCUUUAUUAAUCCUACAUCUGAAAUGGAUAAGAUGGAGCUACUAGUGGACCGUGCUGAAGCACUUUUACGUCAGAUAAAGAGUGCAUACCCAAACCUUCCUCAAACAUUUCUUGAUGCUUCAAAAAUUCAAUAUGGCAAGGAUGUUGGACAUUCCAUUCUGGAAGCAUAUUCACGAGUCCUAAAGAACUUGGCUUUCAGCAUAAUGUGCAGGAUGGGAGAAAUUCUACAGGAAGAUAGUUUGUGUAACCCAAAUUCAGGGGUGGCAACAUGGUGCUUUCCUGGAAUAAAUGUGGGAAAUCCAAGGCACUCUCACUCACUCAGUGAUGUUAUGAACAAAGUAGAGGGGAAGUACUGCGAAUCCGACACGGACGUGGAGUUGUACAGUGAUGCAAGUAUAAAUGCAACACCAAGUACAAGUAGGAGCCGUCGAGUUUGGUGUAUUGGGAAAGAGGCAUGUUAUAGUAUAGGAGUGUCUCCUUGAUAAUAAAAAAAAAUAAACAAGAUGAUGGAAGUUUGAUUUUCAACACUGCUUUUGUAUAUCAUUAUUAAGCUUAAUUAAUUAAUAAUAUCCAUAAAAGAAUCAUAUACUUGAUAGUA